ACGACGACGACGACGGCGGGGCGGGCGCUGUGCGCAGAGGGGAGGGGUAGGCGGGCGGCGCCGGCGGCUUCAACUGCGGCAGCGAAGGCUAGGGCGACGGAAGAAGAAUCUCCACCAGCCGGCGGUCGAGUUAGGCCUCAGCAGCGCCCGGAGCGGCUCGAGCCGUCCUCCGCGAGGGAUCUCCAUAGAGACCGCGACAAACACUGGCGCGAGGGUCCCGCAAAAGGCUGCCGGACCAGAGCCAGAUCGUCGGCCUCACCCGCCGCCACCCCCUUCUUCGCUGCCAGCGUGCGCGCACUCUCUGUCCCUGCUCGCAACCUCGCGGUUCUUGGUGUGUCUUUGCCUUAGUGUGUGGGUAGCGCAAGCGGACUUUUUGGCCGGGGCCGGGCGGGGGCGGCCCUAAGGCCGCCGCCUCUGCCUCUCCCGCCCGCCCGGGAGCGGGAAGCCGCCCAGGCUCCGCCAUGGCCUCGGGAGCCGGAGGAAUAGGAGGGGGCGGCGGCGGCGGCGGCAAGAUCCGGACGCGUCGUUGCCACCAGGGGCCAAUUAAGCCUUACCAGCAGGGGCGACCACAGCACCAGGGCAUUCUUAGCAGGGUUACAGAAUCUGUUAAGAAUAUUGUGCCAGGGUGGCUACAAAGAUACUUCAACAAGAAUGAAAAUGCAUGUAGCUGUUCAGCAGAUGCAAGUGAGGUACCACACUGGUCAGAAAAUAGAGAAGAGGAACAUAUAUAUGCUGAUGAGGACAGCUCUAAUGUUAAUGAUGGCAGAAUCACCCCUGAGCCAGCUGUCAGUAAUACAGAAGGUAAAAUAGUAUGUGGAUGUUUUGAUACCAGUGACACUGACCUAAUUUUAAGUAUCUUUAUAUUAUCUGGCUAUGGCAAAAUCUAAUCAAGUGGUACCUAAAUUAUACAUGAGGAGGGUGAUGACCAGUUUCA